AUGAAACGCCACUUCACAGACUGUAGGGGAGAGCAGUCACCAACAGAUGGGACCACCCUCAGCUUGACCAGCCCGGGGUCCACCGAGGAGAGCGUGGAAGUGUGCUGGCCAGGAACCAUGAAGAGGGAAGAGUCAUCUCUGAGGCCGGGGCUACCCUUUCUCCACGAGGAGGACAUCUGCUUCGUCUCCAGGGCACGGAGGAUGCUGAGCUGGAGCAGCUCUCCAUCAUCCCAGUCCUCCUCUGAGUACCAGUCCUACUCCCAGUACCAGUCCUGUUGUUCCUACAUGCACGACGAGGACGCUGCCCAGCAAAGUGUGUGUGCCUUCUACACCCACGUGCAGACUGUGCAGGGCGUGGCCGUGGCCUGGGAGACCGAGACUGGCUUCGAGCCGGUCAGCAGGAAGCCCCGCAUUCAUGAAGCUGAGUUCAUCAAGAGGCAGAGGAGGAAAGGCUCCUCCUUUGAGAUGGCUUCCAACACCGACCUGCGCUGGGACUUGGAAGCCAGCAAGAACAACUGCUCCCCAGAGCCGGAUGACACGGAGCUGCUGGCGCCCCUGGAGUGCUGCCUGCAGGAGCUGCGGGACCCUCCGGACUGGCUGGUCACCACCAACUACGGGCUGCGCUGUGUGGCCUGCUGCCGGGUGUUCCCCACGCUGGAGGCGCUGCUGGAGCACGCCCAAUAUGGCAUCCAAGAGGGCUUCAGCUGCCAGAUCUUUUUUGAGGAGAUGCUGGAGAGAAGGCGGGCUCGGGACAAAGCGCAGGAGCAACAGCUGGAGGAGGAACAGAGCCCUUCGGACAACAGUGAAUGUCCGCGGUCCCACGUCGAGGCGCUUCAGUCACAGCAGCAGAAGCAGUGA